AUGGAGCAUCUCAACCUCCACGACAACGAAAUGCCUCCUCCGCAACAAGGCGGGGCGCAAACGCCAAUGCAACAGAUGCAACCUCUCGGACCCGGCAUGCUACCACCUCCAUCGAGCCAGCAAUUGCCUCCUCAGAUGUUCACUACUGCUGCGCAGUUACUAGAUCUGACUGACACGAAUUUAGUUCUACAAUCAACCAUUGAGCGGAUAUUUGUCGCCCCCUCUAGCGCCAACGGACCCGGCCUCUAUGCCGAUGUCAACAGGGGCAUUUUCCUAGUGAGAGGAGAGAAUGUGCUGUUAUUAGGGGAGAUCGAUUUAGAUAAAGACGACGACGAGCCGCCGGGAUACGAGAGGGCGGAUGUGGAAACUGUGCAUAGACUGCAGAAGGAGCAGAAAGCGAAAGACGCGAGGAGGGAGAAGAUUGUCAAGAGGCGACUUGGGGAGUUGGGGUUCGAGGGGGAGAAUGCUGGGGAGGCGCUUAUUUGA